AUGGCGCACAAUCGUAAGAGAAGUAACAGCACUCCUCCCAAGCCAUCGAAUCUCUCGACGAUUUCGUUUCCCCCCGUGCCAUCGCGGCUCUCGCUGGACCACGACGAUCAUCCGGGACGACCCUCGCCGAGCUCAACACGACUGGAUGAUCCGCAUACUGAUAGCGAGAGAGUGCAGCCGAAAGCACGCAAGGGGUUUAGACGCAAAGUGACGUCCAAAGUGGGCGAAUUGGUAAAAGCUGGGUUAUCUACGCCACCGCAUGCAUCGCAUAUGGUCGCUGGUCCAAGCUUUAUCUAUGCCCCAGACUCCACGCCGCUCCUCUCCUUUGCAGAGAUUCAGCGACAUCAACAACUCGCAAUGAGCGGUGGCAGACAUCACGAUCUCCAGGGCAUUCCUCUUCCAACCCCUUUCUUUGAUCCGGACAUCUAUUAUUUCGCCCCCAGGUCCAACGUCAGCAAAAGACCGUUGACGGCUGCAGCUGCAGAGAGCAGCACCUCUCUCGCAAACAGUGCUUCAAGCACACUGACAAGGGCUACGUCGGUUGGUAAUAAAUCUUCCAUUACGCGGCGACGCGAUCGACAUGCAAGCCAAGCGUCCUCAGCUAUUCCUGCUACUCCUUCUUCUCCCCCUUUCUCCCCGUCCAAACCCUCGACAUCUACUCCGUCUUCAAGAAAGAGACCUUCAGCGGGAACAGGUUCUACAUCGGCCAUUCCAGCGACUGCCAUACCCGUGUCCUCAGAAGACCUACCCUCCAAUUCAUUCGAGUUUGAACUCGUCGAUAUCGAUCCUUCUUCCUCUCUGCCCACGACCGUGAACCUCUCGUUAUCCAACUAUCCUGCGGGCCCCUCUUACUUUGUGCCACCCGCAAGAGCACCCGAGCAUUCGCAAGAUUCC